CAGUCACGUGGUUAGGUAAAAACCAAAACACGCCAGUUAAAAAAAGAAGCGUACUUGGUACAAUGGAGGAAACUUUUGCAGAGAGUCCGUAUUAUGAAGCUUUAGACGUAGAUUCCAAACAAAAGUACAAGGAUUUAAUCAGCAGAUAUGUUGGACGUGACCCGUUUAUCAUGAAAAUGAGUGAGUUUUCGAAAGAACUUCGGCAUUUGCCGACAGUCGAGGCUGUUGAUAUCACGAACUACCUGGUCCUUCAGACAUUUUUCUACACGGUACAACAGAUGAAAGCAUAUAAACGUCUGGAGGCGUAUAACCUUUUUGUGAGCGGGUGUGUCCAAAACCUCGGUACCAAACGGCUCCCUGAUGACUGCCGCCUUGUCUUCGCGAGGGUAAACCGCUCUCAGAGAUCCGGUGAAGCCCCUCUGAAAACCUGGAUUAUUGCCAAGGAGGAUGGAGAAGUCAUUGCAGCUCAUUGCAACUGCACGGCCAGCCUCUCAGAAUCAUGUUCUCAUGUGGCGGCAGUCCUUUUCUCCAUCGAGGCUGAGGUACGAGCGCGAGAUGCAGGUUCCUGCACAUCAGCGCAGUGCAGGGUGCUGAUGCCAUCCAAUGAAAAAGAGGUGCCUGCUGCUCCAGUGGCUGAGAUCGACUUCUUCUCACCAAAGUCCAAGAAGCUAAAGCCUGACUGUUCCACUGAUGGCAGGACAGCUGAAAAUGAGCCUGGGAAAUGUCCUCCAUGCCCAAGAGUGAAGAGGGGCUCAGAAACGUAUUGUAGGUUUUUGGAGAACCUAAGGAAAAACUGUCCAAACAGUGUAGCACUGAUGUUUUUAACCAUUCCACAAACUGCUCCUAAAGAGCAUGACUAUUACUAUGGCAGCAAUACGUUUAAUUAACGUCACAAGUCUAGCUUUGUUUUCAAACAUCACAUUUUCUCAUUCAUUAAAAAUGUCCUUGGAAUCAAA